AUGGACUUUAAACCAGGAAAUAUUGAACAAACUAGCAACUUGCCAAUAUGCAAUGGAAAGGAGUAUGCCCAAUCUCAAAAAAUCGUUAUCUGCGCUCUCGUGGCCUGUGCUUCAGCCGGGAAUGAGAAGCGUGAGAAGCGAGGCUUCCUCGGCGGUCUCCACUCUAUUGACAGUCUUUCUUAUGGGGGCUCGUACGGUGGUGUUUAUGGCAGUAACUACGGUUAUGGUGGCUACUCGGGCUACUCUUCACCCAUCAUCAGUCACGCAGCACCCGCGAUAAGCUACGCAUCACCUGUGAUCAGCCACGCAGCACCAGCGAUCAGUUACGCAGCACCUGCAAUCAGCCACGCAGCACCUGUCAUUAGCUACCCAGCAGCUGCUUUGAGCUACUCAGCUCCAGCAAUCAGCUAUGCUGCACCAGCUGCCAAAGUUGUGACUGUCAACAAAGUAGUCAACUCUCAGCGCGUCGUCGACAUCCCACAAGUCGUGAACGUGCGCAAAGUGGUGUCCGAGCCCCAAGUAGUGUCCGUCAACAAGGUAGUAGCCGCACCCAGCUACAACGCCUACAGCAGCGGACUUUCCGGACUUGGAUACGGAUCCGGCUACGACGCCGGGUACGGUUACGGUUCCGAUUACGGAUACGGUUCCAAUUACGGAUACGGUUCCAAUUACGGAUACGGAUCCGGUUACACUGCUGGUUACUCUAGCAAUUUGUGGUGA